GCACCGCAAUUCAUGUAUGGGCGGGUGCUUUGAUUCGGAUUCCCGGACCAAGAAGCCUCGAACAAUCUCGUCUCUUUCCCCUUCCUUUUCCUCCGAGAAUGUUCCCUUCCACCUCCGCCGCCGCGCCCCGCUACGGCCGCCUCACCCUCACCCCGCGCUCCGUCGCCGCCGCCCGCCGCGCCAUGGCCGCCUCCGCCACCCCGCAGCACCCUCCAGCUCCCCCGCCCCCGCCGGAGCCGAGCCCGCCCAACCCCAACCCCAAGGCGGUGCGCGUGGUGGUGAAGGGCCGGGUGCAGGGGGUCUUCUUCCGCGACUGGACGGUCCAGACGGCGCGCGCCCUGGGGCUCGCCGGCUGGGUCCGCAACCGCCGCGACGGCAGCGUGGAGGCGCUCCUCUCCGGCGACCCUGCCAAGGUCGACGAGAUGGUCUCCCGCCGCCUCCCCGUUGGCCCGCCCGCCGCCGCGGUCACCGCCGUCGUGCCCGCCCCCACCGAGCCCGUCGACCCCGCCGAGGGGUUCAACCGGAAGCCCACCGCCUGAGGAGAGGAAGACGACCGGUUCUUGUUGGUGUGAUGGGUCUCAUGGAUAAAUAAUGAACUAAUAAUAAUCCAUACCUCCAAUCCUCGAAAGCUUCGAUGCGUUCGUGUUGAAUCGAACUAUUGGGAAUUUGGGAUUGGAGUCUGUAGCUGAUGAACCUGGAGUGCAUCAGUUUGUCUCGAUGCAAUGCUAGAAGUUGUUCUUGACCAGCAUUUGAUGAUGUAACUUUUUUUUGUUCUUGAUCAGCAUUAGAACAUGCUGCUGAUGGGAGUGGUGGCAUGCCACUUUGUAUGCACUACUACUAUGUGCUUAUUGUGUCUUCAUAAACCGUUGGCAUAGCAUAAAUGUGGUGCUUCUAAUCUUUUUAAGAAUGCAAGUUUAUUAAUCUUAGCAGAUGAUGAUCUCACCUUAAGGUUAACA